AUGUCUUGGUUCGGUGUCACCCCCCUCAAGAAGUUCCCGACGCCAGUCCUGAAGCCUCUGGCUCCUUUCUUCGCUGCCGGCCUCGUCAUCCUGUACGGAGUUAACAGCGCCCAGAACGCCAUGAUGAAGAGUAUGAACUGUUCCGUCGCACCACGAAACCAAUUGCGUCUACUAACCAGGAGAUCACCAGGCGACGAGUGGAAGAACGACCCCCGCAACCCCAACGCCGGCAAGGCUGCUCACUAA